CCCUCUCGGCUCCCGUGACGUCGAACAAUGCUACUGUAGUGCCACGCAGCCAGACGACCAGAUUUGCAACUAUGGCUUUCCGUGCGGGACUUUGCUUUCUGCUGCAGGCGUUUGCUCUCCUCCUCCUUCCGUCCUACGGGCAGAAGGCAGAGGGUCCCCCUGCAGAAGAUGUCCAGAUAGAAAUCUUGCACGUCCCCGAAGUCUGCGAGCCCAAGAGCAAAAAGGGCGAUCUACUCAAUGCCCAUUAUGACGGUUUCGUAGGUAGUAACAAGACCAAGUUUUAUUGCAGUCGCACACAAAACGAUGGCCAUCCAAAAUGGUUUGUCCUUGGUGUUGGCCAAGUCAUUAAAGGCUUAGAUAUUGCAAUGAUGAAUAUGUGUCCCGGAGAGAAACGAAAAGUGAUUAUUCCUCCUUCACUUGCCUAUGGAGAAAAGGGCUAUGAACCAGCAAAGAUUCCACCCAAUGCAACACUGAUCUUCGAAAUUGAAUUGUAUGCAGUAACUAAAGGACCACGAAGUGUUGAAACAUUUUCUCAAAUAGACCUGGAUAGUGACAAAAAGCUUUCAAAGGAAGAGAUAAACCAUUAUUUGAAGGAAGAAUUUGAAAGAGAUGGCAAAAAACGGGAUUCUUCUGUUCAAAAUAGUAUUUUGGUAGAUAUAUUUAAAAAGAAUGACCAUGAUGGUGAUGGCUUCAUAUCUGCCAAAGAAUACAAUGUCUACCAGCAUGAUGAACUAUAAAAACAUAUUAUUCAAAUGUUACUUUAUGGACUUGGGUGAUCUUGCAGUUUUCAUGGGUCAUGGAGCAUGGAGUUCCGCAGACAUCACAACUGGAUGACUUGGUUAUACUCACUCCUCUUCCUAAACAAGUCUUGGUAGAUUGGUUUCGCUAGGAUUUAUCCACAGCAAAAUAUAGCCACAUUUUAAAGUCUUUUUGUGUGUGUUACAUACCAGUUGAUGUACAUUUCACUGUGGUAAUUUUUAUACUUUUGUAUUGAGAUUAAACUUCGUUUCAAUUAUGGUCCUAUACACUGCAGCAAAAAUAAAAUCUGAAAAUAAUUGGUAUACUUCCUGAACUAAAGAGAAGACUCAUAAAGUAUGCAAGAAUUUCUAGGAUAUAUAUCUCUGGAGCUAACA